GGCAUGAUGACUGUUUGCGGCAGCGAGGACAAUGGACAAACAAAAUGCAUUUUGUCACUUCUUGGCUUUCCGAAACCACUUGCUACCCCGCCUUAGUUUACCUUUUGCAUGCAUGUUUGUCUAAGAUACUCUAUUCCAGUUUCUCCCCACUGCCUCAUAUCGUAAAAAGAGCUAUGAGAAAUAUCAUAAAUCCUCACACAAAUACCAACCACGCCCGCCAUCCAUUCCUUGUAGUUAUAAUAACCUAUCUCUUAUGCUAUGUUCCUUUCCUCGCCUGGAUCAUGUUUGAUCCCUAUUCCCCAUUUUGGUCAUCUGGCGCAGCGGCGAUCAUAAAGCGCACUGCAAUUUCCAACGCCGAUAAACAGUACACCAACGAUGCAAGCCGCCUCGAAGCCCCGAUAAAAUCCACUCUGAAAGCGCUCAAUUCACUAGACUUCUACAUCAAUUUUGCCAAGGAUAUUCGGUUCCGAAAGGCGGCAUCGCUCGGCAAGGUGCGCGAUCAGAUCGAGGACGCGCUGCCGAAGCUCGCGGAACUAGAUUCGGAGCUGAUGGCUUUGGCGAGGGACCAUACGGCACAGCGACUUGCGUCCCUUAGACGGCUUGCGAGUGCCGAGACUGGCUCGGUCUCCGUGUGGUGGAAUCUACGCCAUGUCAUCAAGGCCGCGUCGCUGGGUGACUUGUCGCGGCUACACAGCCUGAAGAGCUGGGAAGAGGCCUGUGCGUUCUGGCAUCAACAGGACCUCAUGACGUCAAGAAUGCUGGAAAUCCUCCAGCUCGCGCAGGCCGAGCUAAAAACGAUCGUCGAGCUCUACGACAAAAAGACCAAUUUCGGCGGAGUUAAAGCAAUGCCCGGAAUCCUCUACGAGAGCAUCACCUACCCCCUCGAAGUGACCAUACGGGGGCUAGCUCAGACGGUUCUGCCGUACACCUGGGUGGAGUUUUGGAUUCCCUCCUCACCGCUAACAAUCAAUGAAUUCUACAUGCAUCUGUCCCUCGUAACCGCCGACGCCAACGCGCAUCUCUCCGCCGCAACAGCGCACCUGAGCAUCGCGGUGGACGCCACGACCGCGACCCAAGCAGCGCUCGAAAACAAAGGACCGGAGCGCGCGCACGAGCACGACCCCGUCCUGGGCAAAGUGGCAGCGCGUUGCCAGGACCUGCACAAUUCCCGGGCGAUGUCUCGCCCAGCGGCGCUCGCGCGCCUGGUCCAGAACGAGAUCAUGCCCGCCGAGUCGUUCGUGCACGCGCUGGCGGAUCGCUGGCUCCAAGACGCGCACAAUCUGACGUAUUGGCAGGACGAGUGGCUGCAGGAGCGGAUGGAGCUCAGGCCCGCGAAACUGGUCAGGAAAAUCGUAGCCCGCGAACAAAGGAUGCGGAACUGGGGGAGGUUGCGUGCGCUCGUCGCGUUUUGGGCGUACGUCUUUGUCUUCUCGGCGUUUUUUUUCUUGGUGCUUACGUUUAUUCGUUUGGGCAUGGCUGAGUCCCGGGUUGUUACUUCCAGGCCGCGGCUGGCCACUCCAACCUUCCAGAAACAGACGAGGUACAUGAAGACCUUUUCGUAGUUAGAUAGCGGGGUUGCAGAUAAGAUAUGCCGAAUUGCUUGUUUUGUUGGUGGUCGGGAACGAGGCUCUUUGUGUUGCUGUGUCGUGCUGAAAUGGCAAGAGAGCGAAAACGAAGACGCCACCCGAACAAUGGCACCUCGUUAUGCUCGCGAUUAUACUGGCUGUUUGCGUCCGUCUCUUUGCCCCCUCGAUAAAUAUUUUACCGGGACCAGCAUCGAACGCUCAACUGUUG